AUUCUCCCUCUCCCUUUCGUUUAUUCUCGUCCUGUUUAUUCUCCAUUACAUAUUUAACGUCUCCCACUCGUUUAUCGCCCACUGUCGUUGUCUAGUCAAUGGCCGCAGCAGUACUUCCAGCCAGCCAACGGAUUUAAAGAACCCCCACCAAACAAACCCCAGCCAUCCUGCGCUACACCUCCUCUCAACACGGAGCAUCGUGCUUGUCAACCGUUUCAAACCUGACACCUAGACUGUCUCGUCCACUUUACAGCCAUGGCGGGCAUGGAAACAUUAGAAGUCCACAGCAAGUCAUAUCUCGUCCGUUGGGUAAACGUCAAAUCCAAUCAUACCCUCUCCUGGAGCAUCCAACCGCAUAAGAAAUCCCUGAAUUUCGGCAUCUUCAAGCAUCCCGGCCAUUCCGCCUUACCGGGCUCCGACUCGCAUAGUACCGAUUCGAAUGAGAAUCUGCCGUCGAGCGCUGUGACUGGUGGAAGACACAGUAACAAUAACCUAUCUGUUAUCGAGAAACUUACGGGGAUUGGGUUGAAACAGAUCAAAUGGGUCGGGAAGUGCGAGGCCGAUAAGAUCGCGCAGGGGACUCACGAUGUCACGCAGAAUGAGGGCGGGAAUUACGCUCUCGUGUUCGAUAAUACGUUUUCGAAACAGUUGUCCAAGACCGUGACCCUGGUGCUGUUGACGUACCCGACCGCUGUGCCGCCCAAGUCUGGUCUUGCUCCGCCGGCCAGCCAUGCUAACGGACAGCCGUUUCAGGAUGGGGCGUCGGCGGAGUCGUUGAGGCCGAUGUCAAGGAGACGGGGGAAUAGUAACGCUAGGCCUCCUACGGCGCAGAAUGGUGAGGCUGCGGUUCCGUCUACUGUUCACAGGGGUCUUUUGCAUAAGCGUCGACGAAAGCGCCAUCAGGGAUGGGCUAGACGGUUCUUCGCGCUGGACUUUACCUCGUCGACGCUGUCGUACUACCACGACCCCAACUCUGCUACUCUUCGAGGCUCGAUUCCUCUUCAUCUAGCGGCUGUCGCGUGCAACGAGAAGACGCGCGAGAUCUCGGUUGACUCUGGCGCGGAGAUCUGGCAUCUCCGUGCAAGCAACGACCAGGAAUUCGUCGAGUGGAAACGUGCCUUGGAGAAGGCUUCACAUAAGGCACCGGCGGAGGAGGAAAAGCACCCGCAGGGUGAAGUACUACUUAGGGUGCCGUCCCAGGGCGCUGCCCCGCCCGCCAGUAGCCCUGCGGAAGAUCGGGAGUGGAUACAGGUCGAGACACUGGUAGGCCGUAUGUCUGCGUCGCGCGACAUGGUGCGCAAGCUCGCCAAAGAUACGGAUCCGAAAUAUCAGAGCACUGCGUCCACACUUGCUCCGGUCCCUUCGGAACGGCCGCGUGAUCGUUCGCCCAGUCCUAGUCCCAGCCAGGAGGUGAACAGUGGCGACUUUGGUACGCAAAAUCGCCCGUUUUGGAAGCGGAAGACUAGUGGUAGCAGCGCGAAUCCAAGUGUUAGGCUCGAUACAGGCGAGCGAAAGCCCAGCAGCGUUGUCAGCCACCCAGAACCAGCGGAGGACGUCCAUGACAACUUGAUGGGUCUUUUGCGCGAUAUGGAUAGUGUCCUGAGCGAGUUUUCGUCGUUGAUCACGCAGAGCGAACAGCGUCGAAACUCCCCCACAUCGGCAGCACCCAGACGUAGCAUGGAGUCCGAUGUGUCGCAGGAGUUCUUCGAUGCGGAAGCCGGCGAUGGCAACGACUCGCCUCUUCUCACCAUGCACGGUGACAGUGAUGACGAAGAGGUGGACAAUACCGCUGCAACUGCCGCUCAACAAGCCGAAGAGGAGGUCGUGGCAGACGAUGCACCAUCUGACAGCGAGGAAGAGGAGACGCCCGAGCCAUCAAACGACGAAGAGCGAGACAGACUGUCCUCCCUCUUCCCUGCGAAACCAAAAUCGCUUACGCCCCUGCCGCUGGACAAGGUGUCUCGUCGCGACAACAUCCCCGCGCCAAAGGUCAUGCCGCCUAGUUUGAUCGGAUUCCUCCGCAAGAACGUGGGCAAGGAUCUAUCGCAGAUCUCCAUGCCAGUCUCCGCAAACGAACCCCUCUCCCUGCUCCAGCGUGCAGCCGAAGUCCUCGAAUACUCAACCCUCCUAGACAAAGCAACCAGCGUCUCCGACCCCGUCGAACGACUCGCCUACGUAACAGCAUUCGCCCUAGCCUCCCUCUCUAGCAACCGCGUCAAAGAACGCGCCAUCCGCAAACCAUUCAACCCCAUGCUCGGCGAAACCUACGAACUCAUCCGCGAAGACCUGGGCUUCCGCUUCGUCGCCGAAAAAGUCUCCCACCGCCCCGUCCAACUAGCCUACCACGCCGACGGCAAAGACUGGUCCCUCACCCAAUCCCCCAUGCCAACGCAGAAAUUCUGGGGUAAAUCCGCCGAAAUCGUCACAGAGGGCAAGAUCCGCCUCGCCCUCCACGCCACAGGCGAACACUACAGCUGGUCCUCAGCAACUUCUUUCCUGCGCAACAUCAUCGCGGGAGAGAAAUACGUCGAACCAGUCGGUGAAAUGUCCGUCCUCAACGAAACAUCCGGCCACAAGGCCAUCUCCACCUUCAAAGCAGGCGGCAUCUUCUCCGGCCGCAGCGAAGAAGUAUCAACCAAGAUCCUCGACCCGAACGGCACCGAAACACCCAUCGGUCUCUCAGGAACAUGGACACAGUCCCUAACACUGACAAAGAACUCCUCCGGCACCGGCACAAUAUGGUCCGCGGGACAACUCGUCCCCAACGCCCCCAAACACUACGGCAUGACAUCCUUCGCCGCGGCGCUCAACGAAUUCACACGCAUUGAAAAAGACACUCUCCCGCCCACAGACUCGCGUCUCCGUCCUGACCAGCGCGCCCUCGAAGACAACGACCUCGAUAAAGCAGAGGACGUCAAGGUCAAGCUUGAAGAGGGACAGCGUGCACGCAGACGUGAAAUGGAAGCUACGGGGGAGAACUGGGCGCCGAGGUGGUUCACGCAGGUUGCUAGUGAUGGAGAGGUGGUGUGGCGGUUGAGGAAUGGGAGGGACGGGUAUUGGGAGGAGAGAGGGAAGGGGGAGUGGAAUGGGGUUGUGCCGGUUUUUGGUUGA